AUGGUGUCGCAGGAUCGCUGGGCGGAAGCGAUGUCCGAUUCCGGUUACGAUUCACGCCCGGACGGAACCGGGCGGUCGAGCGCAAACAACAGCUCGCUGAAUCCCCGAACACCGCCCAACUGUGCCCGGUGCCGUAACCACGGGCUGAAGAUCGGCCUAAAGGGUCACAAGCGGUACUGCAAGUAUCGCAACUGCAACUGCGAGAAGUGCUGCCUGACGGCGGAACGGCAGCGUGUGAUGGCGCUCCAGACGGCGCUGAGACGCGCCCAAACGCAGGACGAGCAGCGGGCGCUGAACGAGGGCGAGGUGCCACCCGAGCCGGUAGCUAGCGUUCACAUACCCAAGCUGUCUGAGCUUAAGGACCUCAAGCAUAAUCUGAUUCAUCAUAAUCCUCAGCCGAGACCGUACGAUUGCGACUCCUCCACCGGAUCGAUGUCCUCGGCACCGGGGGCCCCUACUAUGCCGCUGACGCUUCAUCGACGAUCGCCGGGUGUGCCGCAUCAUGUCGCCGAACCGCAACACAUGGGAGAAAGCACACUUUAA